AUGACUGAAAAGACCGAGACUGAGCCGAUUGCCACUCGCUUGCGGCGCAAUAACGAUUCGCCACGAGAUAUAAUUGUGGCAGCAAGGCGUGCACCAGUUCGUCUGCUAAUUAACAAGCCAUAUUCGAGUGGGAGCGAUGCUGGCGCUUCGACAAAAGCAACAUCAUCUACCAGUGGUAAUGAAGCACCUUGCCCUGCUGCUAAAAGGAACCGUUGCAACAGUUGGCGGCCAUAUCUCGAUCUCGAAAAAAUGAUCAAAAUUCCCAAGUGA